AUGUCUGGGCCGACCAGCUGCGGGGCAGUCUUCGGCAUCGGGGCCACCUUGAAGAAGCUCGCAACAGAAACAGAGACGACGGCGGAGCAGUUUCGUCGCGACAAAUCCAGCCUCGACGACGAAGGCCGCUACUACCGCUUCAACGUCGCCCGCGGUCUCGAGGAUGUCGGCCUGGAAGAGUCGAAGAAGCAGCGCGAGAUUGCGGCGGCAACCGGCCGGCAUGUCACUUUGCAGGACGUGGUUAGACAGAUGAAGGCAUGCGCGAACGGCCUUGCGAGGAAGCAAUACUUCGGCUCCUACAAGACACCCUUUAGCCUCGAGGGUGUACUUGUGUCGAGCCACUUCGUCGACAGGCCGUCCGACACCGCCGAUCUGGAGAAAUACCUCCUUCCCCGCCGAUCGCAUUCCCGACAGACGAGGAAGGUCUUCGUGCUGCACGGACUCGGUGGCAUCGGGAAGACACAGCUAGCCAUCGAUUUCGCUCGGCGUCACCAGGCUACGUUCAGCUCGGUCUUCUGGCUCGACGGCAGCAUGAGCCGGAACCAGGCCGAGGCUCACAGCAAGGGCGAUCUCGAUGCCGCCGUCGCGAGCGUGAUGGAGUGGCUUGCGCGGCCCGACAACCGCGACUGGCUGUUGAUCUUCGACAAUGUCGACCAAGACCACGAGCAAGGCGGCGUGACAGGCGCAUACGAUCUGAGACGCUACCUGCCUGGCGACCACGGGGCAAUACUGGUCACGACGCGGCUUUCGCGCCUUGCGCAGCUAGGCGAGUCCAGGCGCUUGGCCAAGGUUGAUCUAAGCCUCAGCAGGGCUAUUUUCGAGAGAUGGUAUGGCAGCGAGCUCCAAAACGUUUUCUGUAAGAGCGGAACGGAGCAGUCCCUUGCUGAGGAGUGGGAUACACAUAGGAGAUCUCUAGAGGCGAUCCUCCUGGAACUUGGUCAACCUCAAAAUCCGAAGAACUGUGGCCUCAUCAAAGAGGCUAAGCAUCGUCUCGCGUCAAUGAAGUCGAUAAGUCUUGGCAUGGGCCGUCCACAGAAAACAACAAAAACUACCUAG